GGGCAGAGGCGGGAGGUGCGGCGGGUGCAGUGGGCUGCUUCGUCCUGCUCUGCGGCGGCGGCGGCGGCAGAUCGGAUCUGCCUCGGGAUUGUCCUCAGCUACGAUUCCGAGUUGCCGAGCUGAGCGCCGUGUGGACCGUGGCUGCCGAGCAGGGGGUUGGACAUAUGACUCUCGUCUGAAGUGCAGCAGUGGCAGACCGUUGAAUUCCCUGGAGCUUCCUGAGGCACAAGAGUGGAGGGCAGCCACCCACCUGCAGCCUGCAGCAUGCCAGCACUGUCCACAGGAUCUGCUGGCGACAUGGGUCUGUAUGAGCUGUUGGCCGCUCUGCCCGCCCAGCUGCGGCCACAUGUGGAUAGCCAGGAGGACCUGACCUUCCUCUGGGACAUGUUUGGUGAAAAGAGCCUACAUUCACUGGUCAAGAUUCAUGAAAAGCUUCACUACUAUGAGAAGCAGAGCCCGGUGCCCAUUCUCCAUGGUGCGGCAGCCUUGGCUGAUGAUCUGGCUGAAGAGCUACAGAACAAGCCUCUGAGCAGUGAGAUCAGAGAGCUGCUGAAACUUUUGUCAAAACCCAACGUGAAGGCUUUGUUGUCAGUACAUGAUACUGUGGCUCAGAAGAGCUACGAUCCUGUAUUACCUCCUAUGCCUGAUGACAUCGAUGAGGAGGAGGAUUCAGUGAAAAUAAUCCGCCUGGUCAAGAACAGAGAACCCCUGGGUGCUACCAUUAAGAAAGAUGAACAGACAGGGGCAAUCAUUGUGGCCCGGAUCAUGCGGGGAGGAGCUGCAGACAGAAGUGGUCUUAUCCAUGUGGGUGACGAGCUGAGGGAAGUGAAUGGGAUCCCAGUGGAAGACAAGAGGCCUGAGGAAAUCAUACAGAUUUUGAGUCAGUCCCAGGGAGCAAUUACAUUUAAGAUAAUACCCAGUGCCAAAGAGGAGACAGCUUCCAAGGAAGGCAAGGUGUUCAUCAAAGCCCUUUUUGACUAUGACCCGAAGGAGGACAAGGCCAUCCCUUGUAAGGAGGCGGGGCUGUCUUUCCGAAAGGGAGACAUCCUUCAAAUCAUGAGCCAAGACGAUGUGACAUGGUGGCAGGCGAGGCACGAGGGUGAUGCCAACCCCAGAGCAGGGCUGAUUCCCUCCAAGCACUUCCAGGAACGGAGAUUGGCUCUGAGACGACCAGAAAUAGUAGUCCAGCCUCUGAAACUUUCCAACAGGAAAUCAUAUGAGGAAACAGUUGAAUGUGAGGAAAUUAAAGAAGAUGCCGGAUAUGAUGGUAACAACAGUGGAACUUACAUAGCUGGUUUUAGAAGAAGUUUCCGUCUUAGCAGGAAAGAUAAGAAAACAAACAAGUCUAUGUAUGAAUGCAAAAAGAGUGACCAGUAUGACACAGCAGACGUGCCCACAUACGAAGAAGUGACGCCAUAUCGGCGGCAGGCUCAUGAGAAGUACAGGCUUGUUGUCCUGGUUGGUCCUGUUGGGGUCGGGCUAAACGAGCUGAAGCGGAAGCUGUUGAUCAGUGACACACAGCACUAUGGUGUGACAGUGCCCCAUACCACUAGAGCAAGAAGAAGCCAAGAGAGUGAUGGUGUGGAAUAUAUAUUUAUUUCCAAACAUUUGUUUGAGACAGAUGUUCAAAAUAACAAGUUCAUUGAAUAUGGUGAAUAUAAAAACAACUACUACGGUACAAGUAUAGACUCGGUUCGCUCUGUCCUAGCUAAGAACAAAGUUUGUCUGUUGGAUGUCCAGCCUCAUACAGUGAAGCAUUUAAGGACCCUGGAGUUCAAGCCCUAUGUGAUAUUUAUAAAACCUCCAUCCAUAGAGCGUUUGAGAGAGACGAGGAAAAAUGCAAAGAUUAUCUCAAGCAGAGAUGAUCAAGGGACUGCAAAGCCCUUCACGGAAGAAGAUUUUCAAGAAAUGAUUAAAUCAGCACAGAUAAUGGAAAGUCAAUAUGGUCAUCUUUUUGACAAAAUCAUAGUAAAUGAUGAUCUCACUGUGGCAUUUAAUGAGCUAAAAACAACAUUUGACAAAUUAGAGACUGAUACCCAUUGGGUGCCAGUGAGCUGGUUACAUUCAUAACUCAGGAAAAUUUCCUUAGUUGUCUUUUUUACAGAGUGCAUGGUUAGGUCAACUACCAUGUUUUUGGUAGGAUUUUUAAAAAUGUAUAUCACUGUCAUAGAUGUAAAGCCUUCAUAAAAUUGUAAUGUGGUUUUGUUUAUAUCUUUUACAGCCUUAUUUGAAGCAUAUGACUGCACAAUCUAAAAGUUAAAAUCUGCACUGUGCUAUACUCUUAGCAAAACUUUGAAUAUCCUGGCUGUCUUUAGUUCUGCCUGUGUUGUGAGGGGCAGUGUGUAUCAGAGUCCAUGCCUCCCCUGUGCUCACUGCCCUUCACCUUGGAUGCUUAUAGUCACAGCAUGGACUUUAUCAGAUUUAACUGAGCUUGAAAUGAGAGCCCAUCCUCUUACGACCCCUGUCCACAAAGUAUAUUCCUAAUGUGCACAUUUAAAAACAAAGGAGAAACUCAAUUUUUUUAUUGAGGAAGUAGCUCACAUAGUUUAGGAAAUCCUUUGGAGUACAUAUCAGAAAUGUUGCAGAUAUUCUAUAAAGGAAAAUAUGAUUUUUUUUAAGUUGAGGGCCUACACUUGCCUUGAACUCAGCCCUCCUUUGCCUCAGCCUCCCAAGUAUGGAUACAUGCCACUGUAACAAGCCUGGAAAUAGAUUUAAAUAAUCAUUAUAGAUGUAGACAAAACCCUUUCCUCAUGGUUUAGUAAGAAUGGUGGUGUCUUAGGGCAAGCAGUGAUCACAAAGCACUUUUUUAAUCUGUUACUUUUCAAGAGACAUUGCUGGAGUCAAAAUGUUUUAUUCUCUUACUUUGAAACGUCUGGAGUUAUGAAAAUAAGUAUUCUAAAAUAUAGAACACACAUGUUAGAGUACAGUUAAGGAAAAAGUGAUCAUGUUUUUGUAGUGUGCAAUCACCACACAUUUAAAUUGUGCUGGAGUCUGUUUUAGAAACCUUAGAUUGUGUUAAGUUCUUUGUCACCAAAAUGAUUGACAUUGGCCAGAUUCCAUCUCAACCUAUUCUAAAGGAAAAUGGAUUUUUUAAAUGUUUAGAUGAUUUUUCUCCUUUUUCUUUGAUGCUAUACGUCUCCAGCAAGUGAAUAAUUCACAACAUUACAAAUGUCCAAUGUUCAGAGAGUUCCUGCCAUUCUUGUGAAUAGUGUGAUUUAGCCAGUAGAAAAAUCACCACAUCUAUGUCUUUCAUACAAAAAUUAUUUUUGUUGCUUUGUAUAGAGUUUCAAACAUCAUAUUUAAAGAAAAAUAAAAUGUAGGGAAAUGUUAUAUAUUUGUGAAAUAUUUGAAAGGCAUAUUUUUUUAGUUGUCAAAUAAGGCUAUUCAUAAAAUAAACUUGUAUGUAAAGAUAUAAUUUAAAGUAGUAGUUUUAUAAACAAGGUCAACAUUCCAUGUAAAUAUUUGACCUUUUGGCAGGCAGGCCCACAUGCAUGUUAUGUGUUCACUACUGUUUGGUAGUCUCCACUGCUAGCUCUCUCUAAGACAUGUGACAAGCAGAAGCAGAGACUGCUCUAGUGACCUCAUUAUCCAUUCACACCCAGCAGCCAGAUCACUGGACUAAUGAACAAUCUAUGUAAGUUCUGUGUUUAUGAAUUAAACAGUAAGUCAUGCAGUUUAAACACAGAUAAGAUGGUUAUCAUAUUCCGUUUCUGAAGCCAAUGACCUGUGUGGCCCGUCUAUAAGCACAAGUCUUAAGGAGUUGGUUUGGGUAGAAUAGUCCAUCCCUUAGGCAGUGUCUGCACUUCUCAUAAAGCAAGUUUCUGUAUCAAGAAUGAUAAGGAAUGUAUACCAGCAUAGGACAGUCUGUGAGUACAUUAGGUAGUCCAUGGUCCUUACUCUGAGAUAUCUUCGUUGACUGUUUUUCUUCAUCUGGGGAUUGUUGUCUCCAGUCUUUUUGGGGUAGAGCUUGUAUAGUGCAGUGGAAUUUUUGUGUCCUUAUAGGUAGUAGGGGUGACGGAAUGUUAUGAAAAUAUAAAUGUCUGCACCUUUUAGACCAGAGCCAAACAAUAUUUCUUUUAAAACAAUGGAAAUAAAAGCAGUUUAAAAUGACAUAUAGCCUUAACUGUAUUUAGAUGCUUAUGAAGAGAUUGAAUUAAACUGUAAUAAGCCAGGCCAACAAAGAGCUGUUGAUACCUGUAGCAAGAGGCCUGUCUCUGCUCUCUGACCUCGGUGCUCCUCCUAGCACGAAGGAGAAGAACUCUUUGCUCCUAGCUUCCAGCAGCCUGUUCCUGGGAUAGAGUGCCAGCCACUAUUGGAGAGAAAAGCUGUGUUUCAGUGUUUGUCUGUAUAGUUAGAACUGAACUUAUUGUGGAAUGCUGUUCUCCUUGUCCACCUCCCAGUUAGAGUGGCCUGAAUGUAAAGAGAUAAAAUUGAAACAAUAGCCAUGUUUUCCCCAAGUAAUAUGGAAACUUGGCAUCCAUAAGGCUGACAUCCCUGGUACUAUAAUCAUUGAGUGUACCUAAGCUGUAAUUUAAAAUGAGAAAACAUGUAAACUCAGAUUUACAAAACUGUGGAGUCAAAAUGUCCCUAAAGAUACAGAUUUUUAUUUAUUUUCCUUUGGUCUAUGAUGGAUUUAUAGAUAAAUGUAAUGGAAAGAUUUUUUAUCUUAAUAAAGUAUCUUCAAACAA